AUUAUUAUAAUCUCUACGGCGUAAAUAUUAAUUGUUGAGAUGGAAGACUCUUGUAUAUCAGGGUCUGACAGAGAUUGCAGAUGCGAUUCGGAGCUGCUUAACUAUGCCGGAACACCUUUGCUUUGCCAUGCCUGUCCGCCAUGAUUUAUUAUUAUUAUUAUUGUAGCUAUGAUUGGUAUUCGGCCAGCAGCCCGUCGGGGAGAAUUGGCCCUUCUGCCGACGGUGAACAAGAUGGGCCGCUCCUCCACACUGGUGGUUAGAUCGUGGUUAGAUCGUGGUUAGAUCGCGGUUUGAAGAACUUGAACUCUAUACGGAGUACAUUACUUGGAUUGUCAAUAUUGAUGGCCUUGUUCAGGAACAAAAGGCCUCCCUUGGUUUAAUACAUUUUGCCCUUAGCUCCAUUAUUUUUAAUCCCAGAGCGACUCCUUUUCAAGUCCAGGGCAUACAAUAGCCAGGCAUUCUUCAAGAUUCACCCUCGUGGGAAAGAAAGCUCAGGCCCCUCUGGCCAGAUCGGAAGAAAGUCAAAGUCACCCUGUAGAACAGGCGAGAGAAGCCUCCGGAUGUCUCAACAAUCUGGUUUCCCACCCGGGCCCCCAGGGGGAAAGCCCAUGGGCCCUCCACCUGGCCCUCCGUACCCCCCUACUACUGCAGGCAUGGGAGGUCGACCGUCAACCUCUGUAGACGUCCCCAUUACCGCAGUGUUCCUCGCGAUAUUUAUCACUGGUGCUGCCUGCCACAUGGCUCUCUUCCGAAAAAACAUGACUCGAGGCCAUAAAUUCAUACCAUCAGCAGCAACCUUCGGCGUCUGCAUGACGAGAAUCACAGCUUCCGUGCUCCGGAUCGUAUGGGCGAACCGCCUGACCAACACCCAGAUCGCAAUCGCAGCACAGAUCUUCGUUGCCGCGGGCGUUCUACUACUCUUCAUUCUUAACCUCCUGUACACCCAGCGCAUCUUCUGCGCCACCCAUCCGCGCAUAGGCUGGUCACGGCCAUUCUCCUACACCUUCAAGGCGCUCUUCGUCCUCAUCGGACUGACCCUCGUGAUGGUUAUCACAGCCACCGUCCAAAGUUUCUACACCUUAGACACAGACAUCCGAUUGACCGACCGCAAUCUCCAAUGGUGGGGCGUGUCCUAUUUCACCUUCGUCUCCUUCCUCCCAAUCCCCUUGCUCGCCUUCAUCGUGCUAGCCCCGCGUCGCCAACCCACCGAGCAAUUCGGCCAGGGGAGCCUCAGGGCAAAGGUCCUCAUCACAGCUAGCGCUUCCCUACUGCUGUGUCUCGGAGCGGGUUUCCGUGCAGGAACGACUUUCAUGCCUCCACGCAUGGCCAACGAUCCAGCGUGGUAUCACCACAGGGCAUGCUUUUAUAUCUUUAAUUUCGGCAUCGAAGCUACGGUCGUGUUUCUCUACUUCUUUUCACGGGUGGAUUUGAGAUUCCACGUCCCCAACGGCAGUUCCAAAGUGCGAACUUACACGGUUGACAGUACUACUAAUAAUGUAGAUGAGAAAGAUUCCGAUUCUGAAACCAGCCGAGCUCCUGAGUCCGCUUCGUGAGGUAUAAUGCUGUUAAUAGGUUAUAUGAUUCAUACAUUUCAUGCUUCUUCUUGUUUGUAUAGACCAUGGAAAUUCUCUC